CGGCAACGCCUUUAUCUCGUGGUGUGCUGGCGUUACGUACACGUUGAGCACCUCAGAGUCGCAUCGGUGCUCGUCGCUACCACCGCCAAAUUUUCACGAGCGCUCGAACCGGGUCGGCGGAGUUAGGCUGCACAGUGUGCCCAGGUGGGCUUGCAUCUACAGCGCGCGGAGCGCGCAAGCAUCUGUGCUGGCUGCAUCAGUGCUAGGAUGGCAACUCUGCCCGAACGGCUGGGCAACUUCGCAUUCCUUGGUGUCCUACCUCUAGGCAUCGUCCACGCGAUCCGCCAGCGACGCCCUCGAUCUGGCGCAACCGUUAAAGCAACCGACGACGCCUCGCCGCCGAAGCCGCCGCUCUCGCCCGACUGGCGCAGCACCGUCAGCCGCAUCGCCGCCGACGACGACACGCGCGACGUGACCACACAACUCUUCGACGCCUUCGCGAAGGCGCUCUCGUUUACGCCAGGCGACGCGCCCCAACUGGAAAUCAGCAGCAUGGCGCCGGACGACGCCAGUGCCAAGGACUUCGUCGUCCAGGGAUAUGUGGAUGUGAGGGCAGCCGAGGGCGCGAAGGCGGCGCGGCCGGAGCUCGAUUUCGUAAGAGCGGGUCUCGAGGCGGGCCACGGCGGCGUCCUGCUCUGUCGAGCCGAGGACAAAUUGGUAGGCUACCUCUGGUGGCUCGACACCGAGAACUGCCCCUACGGCCCGGGCUGCUACGCGGACAAGGAGCCCUUCCUCUGGGUCCACACGGUUUAUACAAUACCUUCGUAUCGUCGACGAGGCGUCGCGCGGGCGCUACAUACUGAACUCGAGCGCGUCGCGCGGCGACGGAAACGCGCGUCGAUCUGGCUCGACGUCUACGCGAACAAUCCGAUCUCACAGAAGCUCCACGACAACCUCGGGUACAAACCAGUGACAGUCGUGCAGAAGAAAGUAAUUACUAGUCUAUGACGAAGUCCUUCAGUCCACCCACCAUCUUCUCCGACUCCUCGGCGGCCUUCUUCCGCUCUUCUUCCUUCUUGCGUUUGGCCAGGUUCCUCGCCUUCUUCUCCUCGUUCGCCUGGGCCUCCAAUACAUAGUUGACGAGCUCGUCCUCCGUAAAGUAGUCCUCGCCCGUAUGUGAAAUCAGCUCCGUGAUGCGCUCGGCGUGGUCCUCGGAGCACUCCAGGCCUUGGGAUCUCAGAAACGUGCCAAACUCAGAAUGCGUCAUGCGCUGCGGGUGCUCCUUCUUCAUCAAAUGAAAAGCUCGUCUCACUUCCCCGCCCUUGCCCAAUGAAGCCUCCAUGCUCAUCACACACGACGAAAACACGUUGAACGAGAUGUCGUCCGUCGUCGGCAGCGUCGGGUUCCCGAACCCGAUCAAGUCGCACAUCUUGCGCAUCGUCCGCCGGUCGAUGCGCCCAUCCCUGUCGGUGUCGUAAUAAUCAAACACGGCGUGCAAUUGGCUCAGCUUCUCGACCGUCUCGGGCGGGUAGCCGGCCUCCUCGAAGUUCCGCGGCGCCGGGCCCCGCGGCGUCGUCUCGGCCAUGGUCGAGCGGCGGCACGGAGGCCGGUCUGGCGGGUGAUGGGCAGCCCGCUCCCUUGUGCUGGAGCAGUCGUCCCUUUGGCUGCUACGCGUCGACGGGACCGGCGGCUCGCGGAGGUGCUGUGAGAGACCCUGCGAGUCUUGGGCUGUCGCUUGUCGUCGCUGGGCGUCGACGGCGGCCGGCGCUGUACAGGUCUGAGACUAGCUGAG